AUGUGCCUUUUCGUCAGCCUCCCGCGCACGCUCAACGACCUCGGCGGGCUGGGCGCCUUCGCCGCAGCCACUAUGGGCAUCUCCGCCCUGCUUAUGAUCGUCUUUGCUGGCGUGCAGUCACAUCCGUUGGGGUAUACCGGCGUUGCGCCGACUGUGACAACUUAUACUUCCGGUUGCUGUUCGCCGCGGCACACGAGGUGUAAGAUGGUAUUGACCGAGCGGACAGGCACGUCUUCGUUCCUGAACAUCAGCUAUACUUUCAUCGGGCAGAUUACGCUUACGACCUUCAUAGCAGAAAUGAGGGACCCCAGGGACUUUCCAAAAGGGAACAACUACGUUGCCACGCCAGCCGUGGGCACCCUCCAGCCCAUCUACAAGAGGAUCGCGACCAGCUUCGCGAUUCCCACCAUCAUCUACCUCGGGUCGUUAUACUCCUCCGUCCCCGUGCGCCGCGUCUUCUUCCGCGUCAUCCACUCCUCGCGGCACAAGCACUCGAAUACGGUGCUUGCGUGGUCCGCAUGGGUGGGGAUCAUCACAGCGACGUGGGGCCCUGGCAUGGGCCAUCGUGGACGUGAUACCCGUCUUCUCGGGCGUGCUGUCUCACGAUCUCGCCGUUCGAUGGCUGGUCCGGGCGAUGUGGAGGUGUCUGCCAGUGUGCAGUCGAUUAUAGACAGCUAUGACCUCGGCACGGUGGGCUCGCCGUUUACAUUUCCUUCCAUGGGGAUGGCAACCAACAGCGCGACUGAGCAGCCUGCCGGCUGA